CUUCACUGUGCGCUCAUUGGUUGAUCAUGAAUCACGUGAUUUCCCUCCAACCAUAUAAAUACAGAACAGACCACCUAUCUGCCUCUCUUUAGAUUCAUCCGCGUAGCCGAGCAGCUGGUGUGAGGAACCCUGUUCGUAGAGAGCAUUGUCUGUGCAACCACGUUUUUUCCACGCUCUGAGUUUGACUGUGUACGAGAAAAGUUUCAGUAUGUCUCAAGCACCGAGUGUUCCUACCGGAGGGCAGUUGCCGCCUAGGAUGCAGCAAGUUCCGAGGGUAGCAGCCCUGCAACCGGCAGCUCCGGGGAUACCAGUACAGCAGCAGCAACCACCACCGCAGGCCCCGGCGGCCCAGCAGCAGGCGCCGGCUGCCCAGCAGCAAUCUCCGGCGGCCCAGCAGCAGGCGUUACCGGCGCAGCAGCAGCACGCUCUACAAGCGGCACAACAGGCACCGCAGGCUGCACAGCAGGCACCGCAGGCGGCACAGCAGGCACCGCAGGCGGCACAGCAGGCACCGCAGGCGGCACAGCAGGCACCGCAGGCGGCACAGCAGGCACCGCCGGCCCAGCAAGUUCAGGGGGCCCAACAGCAAGUGGUGCAGGGACAAGUCGCAGGAGGACAAAACCAACAGGCCUGGGACAUCAGGGCGGAGUUUCUGGCGCUGAGGCAACAGAUCGACCGCUUGCAAGGACGGUCGGUUGAUGGUAUAAAAGACGAGAUCCUCCUACUAGCGGCAAGGCCUUUGGCGGCCUUUGAUCAUCGUAGGGCAGUGGCGUUGUUGGAGACACUUGCAAACCAGGCACGGAUGCAGGGACACCCCAUGGCUGAGGAAUACGAAAUUAUCCUACAACGGGUAGCUAGAUCACCGCGCUUUAAAGACUUGCUUAUGGACCUCCUCGGAUCGCCAAUACUAAAAAAGUAAAUAAGAGUAUGGCUGGCUGCUUUAAAACACUGAAUGCAAUGUCAGAGGUCUUUGAGUGUGAAGACCAAGGGGAGACCAUGUUGUAUAGUAGGGCGAAUAGACCGAAUACUGCUAAUAGGUUUGAGCCGUACAGGAAUCAAAGUCCGAGGAGGUCUAGUGGUGGUAGGAGAAACCGAGGCCCCCGCCCAGAGGAUGAGUGUCAUAGGUGUGGGCAGAAGGGACAUUGGGCUAGAGGGUGUACUAACCCAAAGAAAAAACAAUAAUGUAUUUUGUGACAUGUACGAAGAUGUUUGAUGGCUCUCGGGAAGAAGUAUUGAAGUGUUUUCAUGGCAAAGGAUAAAAGAAGGGUGGUUUGUCUCACAAAUGGUAGUAUUGAAGUGUAUUUCAUGCCAUGUACAGAAGAGAUGUGAUGAGUAUCAAACUAAAGGAUUGGAGUUGAUGUUGACAUUGCUGAAACAUGAGGCGUGUUUGUAAAUUUCUUUUUUUGUGUUGCUCUUUUGUUUUUGUUUUUGGUUGAUUUCUUGUAAGCCUGGCAGUGUACAUUGUUGGAAAAUUCAGAUUGUGCUGUGUAUUUUGAAAUGUUGAGAUGUGAGGGGAACCUCAUAUGAGUUGCAAAGGUUGUGCGGAAAAUGGAAAUUGACUUGGACUGGACUGGAUCAUGAUUAUGAUUAAAACUGUGGCAAUAUA